CUUGCUUUCAAGGCAUACUGCAAAUCAAGUUCGCAGCUCCCAAUCAGCUAGUCAGCAGCAGCAUUUAGUGAAAAGGAAGCAAGAUCGACGAAUAGUCACUCGAUCAUGGUGGUGCCGUCGGUGUUCGCGGCCUUCGACGAGGACGGCGACGGCAAGGUAUCCGUGUCCGAGCUCCGGCGCUGCAUGGAGGCGACGCUGGGCGCGGACGUGUCCGACGAGGAGGCGGCGGUGAUCCUCGCGUCGGUGGACGCCGACGGCGACGGGCUGCUAAACCAAGAAGAGUUCUCAAGGCUGGCCGCCGGCGCCCAUGAAGAGGACGAUGCCGACGUGAAGCUAAGGUGCCUGAGGGAGGCGUUCGGGAUGUACGCGUCGUCUUCCGCGGAAGACACGGCGACGAUGAUUACGCCGGCGAGCUUGAGGCGGACGCUGAGCAGGCUAGGGUCGCACGAGCUGGGCGUGGAGGAGUGCCGGGCAAUGAUCUGCAGAUUUGACCUCGACGGCGACGGCAAGCUCUCGUUCGAUGAGUUCCGGGUCAUGAUGAUGGCCUGACCAUCGAUCUCUCUUCUUGGCAUUCUUCUGGAUACAUGUAGUGUUGACAUAAUUCAUUGAUCGAUCACAUAUGCAUGUCGGUCGUAUGCAAUCAUUUGAUGCAGAUGUUAGAGGUCUAACCUCCUUUUUUUCCAACAAAAUCACAUAUGUAUAUAGAGUCAUGUGUUCAUUCAUUCAUUGAAAGAUGAUCCCUUUCACUCCUACUACCGUGACGGGGUCGUGAUGUGGAUGGCCGGUGGUGUCUCGGGUCAUGGAUGCCGAGGCGGCAGUCUCAGAUGGUGGGCCUCAUGGUUGGCUUCCCGUCAGGCUCCGUGGUAACGGUGGUGACCCUACUUCUUGGUCAUAUGAGCGGCAAGGGGUAGAGUAGUGGGAGGCUCUGGGAGUGCCCGGAUCUGGCAAGGAUGGCUGGUCAUCAUGGAGAGUUGGAGACGGUGAUCCGGACCCCUUCUGGUGGUGCUCGCGAGUGUUCGAGCGAAAGAUUCGCGCUAUAUGAUGCCGCCGGCAGCGGUGUUUGUGGGUGUCACGUGCUUUUUGGAGCCAUCGUCAUGGGUUUCGUUAUGUCAGGGCUCCGGGUGAAAACCUAUGUCUUCUUGGACUCGACAACGGCGACGCUUUGCGCCAUCACCUUCUUGGGGACAUUGUCGUGGAGUUCAGGAGUCUUCGGUCGGGUCUUGACGAGUUGUUCGUUUGUUCUAGAUUAUUGUUGUAUCUUUCGAUCUGCUUUAUAAGAAGGUAUCCUUAUCGCUGUAUCGUUCGA